AUGGACUUCCAUAUGGUCCCACGGGGAACAGAUCACAACUACACAGGCUUCCUCACCAAAACCAUUGUCUACUCAAGCACCCUGGUGGUGUUUCUAGCUUCAUUCGGUUUAACUAUUAGCGCCAUCGUCAUCCCCAAAUGGGUCAGCUAUCACAGCGAAAAGCCCGCGCACCACUAUUCCUACGGCCUCCACCUCCGAUGCUCCUCCCUCUCCGAUACAUGUGAGCCGUUCCCCGUGCGCGAGGACUGUCAUGGCGAAGACCGAUAUUUCUGCUCCAUGUGGCGCUCCGUGGGCUUCCUGAUGUCCUUUGCCGUCGUGCUGCAAGGCCUGAGUAUCGUCACGUACCUGAUUAUUCUAUCGGGAGGAAAGCGGCUCCGCGAAAACGGGUGGCGCGUAUUGAGUAUAUUUGUCAUACUGUCUGCGGUUAUCCAAGCGGCCAGUAUGUCGAUAGUGGCAUACCUCUUCGAUAACGAGGAUCGCUUCUUUGUUGGCUGGCACUUGGACGAGUCCUGGAUGUUCUGCACCGCUAGUUGGUGUAUCGGUUUGAUUUGCGCUGGCGCGGUCAUUGUUGCGGCGAAGACCUUGCCAUCUGAGGGUGGCUAUGAGCUUAUACCUGAUCAUGAUGAUAUUAGGGUUACUUCGUGA